AUGGCCGUCACCACAACAAAGCACACCACCAACCAGCCCUGCGUACCAAACGGACCGCUCUCAACAACAUUCACCAUGGGCAAAAAACGUGGCAAGAAGGUCAAGCGACCAACUACCACUGACAACGAUGACAAGGCGCCAGGGGGCACUGUCCACCACGGCCAGUCCGAGGAAGCUGGCCAGUCGCACCACCAUCAGGAAGUGCCGGACUCCGACGAUGGAGUGGAAUACGUUACCCCACGAGGCUCGCGUGCGUCUGACCAAGGAGAAGAAGGAACGCUCACGCAUAAUGUUGACGUCGUCGGAAACGCAGGAGAUGGGAGCUCCAUCGCUAGUAUCCACCCUCUGCCCAAACCCGCUAUUGACGAACCUAGCGAACCCGACGCCGCCAAAGAGUUUACCAUGAAGUUUACCAUGAACGACUACGUUGACGUAUGCAACGAUAUACUCGAAGUUUGCGAGAAGAUUUCCAAGAUCCACAGCGUUCUGGGCCUCCCUGUGAUCGGGUUUUCGAGCAGCCUCCCGCGCGUAGAUAGCGAAACGGUGCACAAGCACAUCUUCCACAUCUUCGCUGAAAUCGACAAGGGCUUCGUGCGGCUUGAGGAACCUGAUUCUCAGAAGCGCAGAGAGCUCGACCAGCAUCACCUGCGGCGCGCGCAUACACUCAGCUUGUACGAAACUGCAAUCGCGACGGGGCGUAUCAGAACCAAAAUGGCCGAACUUAAGAGCGCGUAG